GUGAAAUUGACCCUAUGCUCCAGCUGCAAGCCGCAGGCCGGGCUGUGCGUGCUAUGGCUGAGUGGGCAAAGCAGCUUGCAGGCAUUAAGGGCGUGGUGCUAGAUAUCAGUGGGGUCUUGUAUGACGGUGGAGGAGAAGGAGGCGGGGUUCCCAUCCCUGGAUCUAUAGAAGCUGUGGAAAAGAUCAAAGCGUCUGGCCUGAAGUUACGGUUCUGUACCAAUGAAACCCAGGCCACUCGAGGCAAGUUUGUGGCGAAGCUCCAGCGCUUGGGGUUCAACAUUUUGGUGAAUGAAGUCACUGCCCCAGCACCUGCAGCCUGUCGCAUUCUGAAGGAGCGAAACCUGAGGCCACACCUCCUCAUACAUGAUGAUCUGGUCCCUGAAUUUGAUCAGCUUGAUAAAGCAAACCCAAACUGUGUGGUGAUUGGAGAUGCAGCAGACAAUUUCUCCUACAAAAAUCUCAAUGAAGCUUUCAGAGUUCUGAUUGGACUGGAGAAUCCUAUUCUCAUAUCUCUGGGAAGAGGGCGCUAUUAUAAAGAAACCGAUGGUCUAAAACUUGAUGUUGGAGUGUAUAUGAAGGCAUUAGAGUAUGCUUGUGAUGUUCAAGCCGAGGUGGUGGGAAAGCCGGCAAAAAUGUUUUUCCAAUCAGCCUUGGCAGAAAUGGAAGUUGAGCCACAGCAGGCCAUCAUGAUUGGAGAUGAUAUUGUGAAUGAUGUAGGAGGCGCCCAGCAGUGCGGUAUGAGAGCUCUACAAGUACGGACAGGGAAGUACAGGCCUUGUGAUGAGCAACACCCAGAAGUGAAGGCAGAUGGAUACGUGAACAACCUCGCGGAAGCAGUGGACAUUAUUGUAAAACAGUUGCACAAGUGAUCGUGCUGUAGAAGAUACCGAUUUAAAGGCACAAGGAAGUUGGACUUGACAUCUGAAGCCUAGCAUACAGCUCACUCACCAGGCUACCUCUUCCCCUGUUUAAUUCAUUUCCCUCGCUUCACCUAAUUUCUACACAUAUCCAGGUAACCAUAGGAAACCAGUAAUGCUAAUAGUUUGUCGUUAACUGCCUGAUUUUCAAAGCUUCUCAUUUCUAGGUACUAAAAUGAAAUGCCUUAAUGAUUAAAAACAUUAAACC